AUGUCUUUUCCACACUGGCAUUCGGAAGACCCAAAUUGCGGGCCUGUUAACCCCAUAACUGGUUUAAUUAAACAAUUUUCGCAUGACCAAUCGUUACAAAAGGAUAAAUUCGUUCCUGUUCAACACGGUGAGAGUUCUAAAGAGAUUUUUAGAACUAAUUUAGAAAUAGAUGCGAUAGAACAUGAGUCUGAGCAACAAUUUUUCCAAAAUCAUCCAGAAGCAAAUUCUCAAAUGCAUCACGGAACUUUCAACUUUGAUCAGUUUAGAAACGAGUUGGAUCAUAUUAGACAUGAUAUGGGUCCAAGAAACAAGUGGGUAGCAGAUUUCUUAAAAGAGCAAAAAAUUUCACAACAACAUAAUCAUAUAACACAUCAUCCGUAUGACAAUAAUUUUGAAGAUUUUGAAAAAAUAUAUAAUAAUAAUUCACAACCAAAAGAUUCUUAUAAUGACAAUUGGAUUAAUGAAUUUGCGCAAAUUGAUCAAAUGGCGCACAAUCAAUCAAAUCCAGAAGAGAUUGAAGCAUUUGAAAAGGCAUUUGAUGACGCAAAAAAAACUCAAGAACAGUCAUGGGCAACAGAGUUCAACAAACAACUAAAUGAAGAGUCGGCCAUAAAUUCAGAUGACUCAAAAAUGCAGCUAGCAGAAACUGCUAGAAAAUUGAUUGAAUCAGUCGAAGAAGAAGCAAAUCCAAAAUUUAAAAAUUCGAAUUUUAUGAAUUUUAUGAAAAAAUUAAGGGAUCACGAAGUUUCAAUUGAAGGUAAUAAGGUAGUGGAACAAAAUUUAUCUCCAAACAAUGCAGAAUGGGCUGCAGAUUUCGAUUCAAAUAACAAAAAUAAUUGGGCAAAUGAAUUUUCAACAACUACACAACAGAAUAAAGGUAAAAAUAAAUGGACUGAAGAAUUUAUAGCUCAAGACAAUAAUACCCAUGCAAAUAACUGGGCUCGUGAUUUUGCUGCAAAUAUGGAGGAGGACAUAGAUUUUGCUGCAAAAUGGUCAGAAGAAUUUGAAAAAUCAUUUGGAAAAAAAAAUUAUAAAGACAAGUCAUGGGACGAGUUACAGGAUGAUUGGGAUAAAUAUACACCUUCUAGUAUGGGAUACAAGUCAACACCCUCUCAAUUCGAAGAAUACCAUUUCCAGUCAGCCAAUCCAACCCUAUCUAGAUCCACUAACACAUCAUCACAACUAAAACUUAGAGAAUCUAUUUCAGCAUUGGAAGCAGAAGUUCAAUUAGACCCAAAGAAUGCAAAUGCAUGGUAUCAAUUGGGCAUUAAACAACAGGAGAAUGAGCAUGAAGCACAAGCAAUAGCUGCUUUGAAAAGAGCAAUCUUAUUAGAACCUAAAAUCUUAGAUGCAUGGCUUUCAUUGUCAGCCUCUUACACUAAUGAAUAUCGUUAUGCGGAGGCAUAUAAUGCAUUGAAGUCAUGGAUUGAAAAUAAUGACAAGUAUAAUCAUAAUUUGGAAAGCCAACAUGCAAAAAUUGAUCAUAAUGAUCAACAUAGGUUUAUCACACAAUUAUUUCUGAAUGCUGCUAUAUCAAAUCCUGGAGAAAAUCUUGAUCCAGCUGUACAACUUGGCUUGGGAAUCUUGUAUAACAUGUCAGAUCAAUAUUCCAAAGCUGUAGAUUGUUUUCAAUCUGCUCUUACAAAAAGACCAAACUCUCCUCCAUUUGAGCUCAGUUUUCCGCCUGCUCAAUUUUAUUGA